AACUGACCUUUUGCACCCCCGGAUUAGCCAUCCUUAAGAUAUACAGUUUGCCAGCAACUUUAUUAACCAAAGAGGCUGUGUACGAAGAUGAUUGUAUAAAAAGAACAAAUGCCGCUCCUACUGCGCAUAUCUGAUUUAAAGCAGAGUACAGCAGGGAAUGCCAAAUGUCCUGUCGCGACUGAGUUGAACAAAGUAUGUACUAGUAUAUUUGGUGUCCUGAGGCACCAAUAAGAUACGUGCCAAUCCAGGUUUAGCGCAGUCAGCUCCAACCAUCUCUUGCAAUGGAAUCGUCAACAGACACAACAGCUUCAAGCUCGUUCUUUGCUCGCCCCCAAAGGACAUUUCAGCUAUACCUAGGAAGAUGUCAUAUGCUGUGGAAACCAAGAAGCGCAAGUUUCAUCGAGUUCUCGAAUCAUUGACCAAACCUUCGAAUGCCGAAUCCUUAGCCCAACCAACCCCCGCGGCAACAAGAACAACAGGUACAACAAAAGAAUGUAUCCCCACAGAUAAAAAGGCUCGCCUGAGUGAUCGGAAGGAUGGGCCUGAUAUUGUGUCUGUGCGGAAAACAAUCUUGAAAGUCGCUCGUCCUAGCUCUCGAGACUCAUUAGUAUCGUCCUCACGGCCGAGUUACGUACCUUGGGACCGCGAACGCUUUUUGGAGCGAUUGGAGACCUUUCGCCGAGUUGAUCGAUGGUCGCCGAAGCCAUCGGCAAUAAAUGAAUUGGAAUGGGCGAAGCGUGGCUGGAUCUGUACGGAUGUGUCGCGAGUCGCGUGCGUGGGAGGCUGUGGCGGUUCCGUUGUCGUCAAAUUACCAGAUGAGCUUGAUGAGUUGGAUGGAUACGAUAGCGAGAAGGUCCAAGAAAGAAGAGAAGUUCGUGCUAAACUCGUAGAGGAAUAUGCGAGUCUUCUAGUUCAAGGGCAUGGUGAAAAUUGCCCCUGGAGAAAUAAGGGCUCCGAUGUUACGAUCCACCGGUUGGCCCUGUCCAACCCUGAGGCGGCAAUUUCAGGUCUCCGGAUACGUUAUUUGAACAUCGUUAAGAUGGCUGAUCAGCUGCCAUCCCAGGAAGUAAUUCAAACGCCUGAGUCAUUCGACAUCGAAACUUUAAUUAGGAUAUUGCCGGAUGAUUUCGAGGGGACCAAAGUGUGCACCGAGACCACGGAGCCACAGAGCCCUCAGCGCGUCGACGGGACUCAAGACACAAACCCCCAAAGUCCGCCUUCGAAGGAAAUAACGAUUAACAGGGCGGCUUUUGCGCUUGCCUUCUUUGGGUGGGACUCUGUUGCGGAUGGUGCAGCAGGCCUGGCAGGCUGUGGUGCAUGCUUCCGGCGUCUGGGACUCUGGAUGUACAAACCGAAGGACAACGGAGAUAUAUCUGUUUACGAUGCACUAGAUGUUGCUACCGAGCACAUGGAAUACUGCCCAUGGAUUAAUGGGAAGGCUCAAAGCGGGACGGGAAAGCAAUCUGAGAAGUCGGCCGAGUUGCGUAGUGGAUGGGAGCUUUUGGCCCAAGCGCUCAAAGUAAAGCAUCGACGGAGUAUUAGAUCCACAGCGUCUAGUGAUAGUCGCGCUGUCUCUGAAUCGCCCUCUGCGGAUGGGCUGGUGUUUGACGAAGCAAACAAUGAAGCCAAGAAGGCCAGUGACCGCGAAUGGUGGGCAAAGCUUCGACGAAUGAGACAAGUAUUGAACGUCAAGUCCCCGAAGAAACCCACUGCGCCAUGAUUUUGUUCUGCAAUCUUCCUUGUGUCUCUUUAGGUAUGCGAGCGUGGCGUUCAAGGCAUUGGUUACGGUUUUAAUGUUUAUUUGUACAAUACCUCAACGUACCAUAAAGCGAGCUGCUCAAUUGCAUCUUUUAAAACAGUUACCAUUCGGCCUGUCUCGCCUUGAUCUCAUCCACAG